AAAAACACAUUUACUACUCUAUAUUCUAAAGUUCGUAAAAAACCUUCAUUCUAUUUCUACCUUUUAAGAUGAGCAAACAGCUUCAAGUCACAUUCAUCGUUUUAACUAUCUUCAUCAUUUUCGUGUUAGAAGUGGUGGGAGAUAGAGAUAGUGAUAGUCAGUUUGGCUGUGAGGAGAGACUGAAUAUGACUACUGAGGACACUUGUUCGCGAUUAGAAUGUCAAUUUCAGUGUACUUUGAAAAGAAAGGGGUGGGCCACGUGCUUUAAGGAUGCGGACGACCUUUACAAGGGAACCCCCGUUUACAAGUGUCUUUAUGAACUCUUGAUUUUGGUGGUCCUAUACCAUUUGGAAACGAAGCUCUCAAGCUUCUCAACAAUGGUUGUCAUGUACAGAAACUGAAAUAUCU